UAGUGCAGUCAGGGUGAUCCCUGAGGGGUCCCACUCAAGCUCCUCCUCUAGCUCCAUCACGGAGGGUGGAGCAGUGGUCAGAUCAUCAGGGACCUCCUCAGGGACAGGGACUGGGGUCAAUGAAGCUAGGGGCACGGGAGCAGGGUCAGGAACCUGGGCAACUGGAGCUGGGGGAUCUGCAGCCGAGGGAUCAUGGACCCGGGGACAUGAGGCCGAGGGAUCAGGGGAGGCAGAGCGUCAGCAGGUGGCGCAGCAGCCUCUGGGGGUGGCGUGUCGGCUGCCAGGGCUGGAACCUCGAAGGGCGGUGCAUCGGCCGCUGGGACUGGGGCCUCGAAAGGCGGUGUGUCAAGCACCACAGGGACUGGAACUUUGGUCGUCGGAGCAGGGACCUCGGGCGCGGGGACAGAUUAAGAAUCGGGAGGGAAUUUUCCCAAUUCCGUGGAGGGAAAGUAGCGGAGACUGUGAUGGCUCCCUGGAGGACCAAUGGCGCUUCCUCCCAUCACCCGCUCUUCCACUUUUUCUUCCGUGCUGAGGUAAGUGGAGUCGGAGGCACUUCGGGCAGCAAGCCAUCUGGCAGUCCGCAGUCCAAAGCGACCCAUCUCAACAUUGACUCGGCAGCUGCUUCCCGAAGCUGCCGUACAGUUGAGCGCACCUCCUCAGCCAGAUGCACGUCUCCGAGCAGGGACAUCUCUUCUAGGACAUCCCGCCCUCGGUAGGCUAGGACCUGAAGCACGGGAUCAUCCCUAACUUUGGGUUGUAUCACCUCGUCGGUCAGGUCGGGUCAGGUAAAGACGAGGCGAUGUUUUCUUUUGGAGUUCUGUCAUUCUGUCAUGACCGUGCAGAGCACGGACCGGGGAAGCAGGCAAGGACGACGAGGAAUCGGGAAUAAGGGUUUUAAUAGACAUUUGAAGAGAGACAGAAAACGUCAUAACACUACAAUGACAGAACUAGGGAAACAGACACUGACGUGGACUUAAAUGCAGAAGACUAAUGAAAACAACUCGAAACAGCUGAUGACACGGGGAAUCCACACGAGGUUAACGAGGGGGGCGUGGCCACAAGAGGUUUGGAUGGGCAGGUCAUAACAAUGUGCAACAAGGAAAAACAGACAGCACUGGAGGGAGCAGGGCUGUUCUCACAGCCAUUAAGCGCUUUUAUAAUGUGGGCUCUGUAAAGAGAAGUUUGUGUGUUUUGUGGCAGUUGGGGUUCCAAUGCGAUGCUAAUCCCCGAUUCGAUCACACUGGCUGAUCAGCCUAUACCCUUUGUCCUUUGUGCUGAAGCCUGCUCUCUGUGCCUCUGAAUGGUGGAUUACCUCAGAUUAGCAGAAUGAGAUUAAAAUCAGAGUGAGUGUGGAAGUGAUUGAGGCCACAGUCAAACAGAAGCUGUGCUGGUUCCACAAUCAAAAGAAAGAAAGACACACUGAACAGAACCAGCAGGAGAGGUGGGAGAAGGAGAAUGGAUGAUGGGGAGUUUGGAAAUGAGAGGGGGAGACAAAGUGAGGGAGGCGAAGAAGGAGAAGAAUUUCAAAUAACGAUGAAGAGAGGAAGUUUAGACAACAAUGAUAUGGAGGACUGGAACGGGUUAUUUAGUGAAGAGGAGUCUGUGGAUGGGGUGGAGCAGGCUGGACCUGGGACUUCUGUGACCCCAAACAGCGUGCUGAGGCUGAAGGCCUACACCGAAGAUUACCUUUGUGCUCCUGAAGACAACAUCUAUAACAUCAACUUCUCACGUUUCAAAAUUCGAGAUUUACAGACAGGAGCCGUCAUACUGGACCUCCACAAACAGUGCCCAACUGAAAUUAAGGAUGCAGUUGACACAAACGCGGGAAGGUUUAUCCAGUAUCGCUUUAGCCCCACAUUUCUGGCACUGCGAGAGAUAGGAGCCACGUUGGAGUUCACAGUGGGGGCCAAAGCCCUGAACAAGCUCCGGCUGAUUGAGAGGCACUACUACAGGGAGCACCUCUUGAAGAGCUUUGACUUUGAAGUUGGCUUCUGCAUCCCCUUCAGCAGAAACACCUGCGAGCACAUCUACACCUUACCGGAGCUGGACCCCCAGACAGUUGAGGAGAUGAUCGCUAGUCCAUUUGAGACCAAGUCAGACAGUUUCUACUUUGGCAAUAACAAGCUCAUCAUGCACCACAAGGCAGAGUAUGCGUUCUGUGGAGACGAGAGGCACCAGCACUGAUGGAGAAGGACUGUCCUGCUUACAGCCACCAGUGACACAAACUGUACAGCUGGAACAGGAUGGAAUGGAGCAGUCUGUGGUGAACAUGACCAGACACACACACACACACACACACACGUUUCUAUUCACAUCUUUGCAGGGACUGUCCAUUCAU